CGUUGCUCGACUGGCCCAGCGACAGUUGGAGUGACGACGCAGUAGAAAGAUCUAGGAGGCAGUUCACUGACUGCCGUCGGUGCUUUUGUUUUGUUUACCAAAUUCGACGAUUGUGGUUGAAUUCUCCUUCGCUACGUUUUGAGAGGAACGUCUCAGCUGUAUUUCAUUCACGUUGAAGGAACAGUUUCUCAAUCUUCGAACGACCUGAUUGUGUAAGAAAGCAACAACAUGGCAAAAGAAAAGGAUUCGCACGCUGAAAUGGCAUAUGCUCGCAAGACUGAUGGCAUCAAUGUGAUCUUUGACAAGAAUAGCCCUGCUUCAUCUCGUUCACGCUGUGGAUCAAGUACCAGCUGUGAAAGUGACUGCUCUUCUGAUUCUGGACACUACAGGGAACAUGGUAGCAAAAGAAGGGGCCACUAUAGGUCUUCAUCUUCCUCAUCUUCUACAUCUUCAUCUAGCAACAGAUCUUCACGCUCUAGGUCCCGCUCUCAUCCUCGCUGCCACAGACAGUCCUCUCGUUGUGGCUGUGGUGGCCAUCCCAGAUAUGGCCGUAGCAGAUACCUCCGCUCUCCACCACGCCGCUACAGGGCACGGUCUCGCUCUUACAGCCGGUCACCUUCACCAGACAGGUACUCUCAUCGCCACCAAAGGUCUCAUUCCAGGUCCGUUAACAGUUGGAGCAGGUACAGCAGGGCUGCAAGCCGGUCUUCACAAGCCUCUUCAAGAACCUACCGGAGCCAGUCAAGUUCUACAUCACCAGUACAUUCUUCCAGAUUGAGUUUGAAUGACAAAAGAGAACUCUUGAAAGCUGCAAGAGAAAAUGCAAUGAAGAUCUUGGGAGUGGAGAUUCUGGACCUUCCAGACAGUGUGAAACCCAUCCUGCCAGAGCAGUCAGAAUCCAAACCAGAGCCUGACCCAAGGGUAAUGCAACACCCCAAAAAGAUUAUUUUACAGAGCAGUGAGGAGGAGCCUGAUGAUCCACCCAGCCUGAAACUGUCUCCAAAAGGGAAAAUCUCUUUCAGCAUUAAUAAUUCUGUGGUCAAACCAACAGUGGCAGUGCCACCUGUAGCUAAAGUGACCCCCAGAAUGGACAGCUAUGAAAGCAGGAAGCCUUAUGGCCACUGGGUUCCAGUUAAAACAGGCAGAACCUCCAGUUCACGCAAUCAUUCAUUUGCCACGUCACAUUAGUGCGGCAAAGUAUAUGGACUACUGUAAAUAGCUUGUACAUAUGUGUAAUUAUUUCAAUGAUGAUGUUUUCUUUCAGAUGUUAAAGUGGGAAGAAGUGAAGAAUUCACUCAGGUGGGAUUAAUUUUUUCCACUUGUUUAUUUUGUGUUUUUCAUUGAUUCCAAUAAAGUAUUUGAAAAACA